AUGGAAAAUUCAGGCACGGCGGUCAAGACUGAGCUGGGUCGCGAAGUCGUUGACCUCUUUAUGGCCGGAAAAAUUAGGGAACUGGAGAAAACGGGCUCCUUAAAAAACUUAACUGGAAGCAGAAGUGAAGAGUGCAUAUCUCUAGAUGUAUUUUUUCUGGAUUCAGAUCACUUUGGUGAUCCAUGCUAUCUUUGUCGAUGUUUUGUGAAGUACAGCGAUCGUGAUGUAGAGGUCUCUCAUCGUCCAUACGCAAUGGCAGCCGAUGGCUACGACACCACUGAAGAUAGAUGUCUUGCCACCUGCAGAAGAGAUAAGAGAUGUCAUGCUGCUGUCUACGGUAUGAUAGGUGGUCGACAAGUGUUCACAUGUGAAUUCUAUGAGAAAAUCGAUUCGAGGAAUUCUCCGUUCUACACGCCGUUUGUCAACGUCUACAUUAAGAAGUCAGCAUGUUCACUUAGUGGUAAGUUAUUAAGUAACCAUCAUUCAUUUCAGAACGAGAGCUCGAUGACCAUGUAA